GCCAUCGGUGGCACAACGUCGCCACAACAACAACGUGUUUCCAUUAAUAAGUAGGAGGCGGUCACGUCAUUGCUUGCAGUGUUGUAAACGUCAUUGCUUGCAGUGUUGUAAACGUCAUUGCUUGCAGUGCAACGAGAGGAAUUGUCAUUGUUUCAGUUCUUCAUUUAAGCAACUCCAGAACAUUCAAGCGAAGUUCUUAUAGGCCUAUAGCUGACGGUGGCACGUACGUAGGUCUAGACUCGGCUGUCAACUCGGUAUUCUCAUUGUCUCCUGAUUUUUGAGCGAAGCGAUAAACUAGCACAGUCAAGAUGAGUAGGAGUGGUGGUGCCAGGAUAAAUACUCCUACCAAUCAAAUCAGACUGACGAAUGUGGCCAUUGUCAGGAUGAAGAAAGGGGGAAAACGCUUCGAAAUUGCCUGCUACAGGAACAAAGUCCUCAGCUGGAGGCAGAAGGUGGAAAAGGAUUUGGAUGAGGUUCUUCAGAGUGAGGCAGUCUUCACUAAUGUAUCCAAGGGUCAAGUUGCUAAGAAAGAGGAACUCAUGAAAAGUUUUGGCUCAGAUGAUCAAAAGAAGAUCUGUUUGGAGAUUCUGGAAAAGGGAGAACUGCAGGUUUCAGACAAAGAGCGACAGGCAAACCAGGAAUCUUCACUAAAGGAGAUUGCAUGUAUUGUAUCUGAAAAGUGUAUAAACCCAGAAACACAGACCCCAUACACUGUUGCCAUGAUUGAGAAUGCUAUGAAAGACCUUCAUUUCAGCUUGAACCCAAAGAGAAAUAAUAAACAACAAGCUCUUCAGGUCAUCAAGCAGCUCCAAGAGACAAUUCCUAUCCAGCGAGCACAGAUGAAGAUUAAUGUUACUAUUCCAGCCAAGGAAGCCAAAAAGCUAAAGGAGAAGAUAACACCUCUAAUGAAAGUAGAGAGUGAAAGUUUUGAUCCAGACUUGAACAUUGUUGGACUCAUAGAUCCUGGCCACUACCGAACAAUCGAAGAACUCAUCAUUGGACCUACAAAAGGACGUGCAAAGGUUGAAGUAAUGAGCCUCAAAGAAAUAUCUGAUACUGGAAGUGAUUCUUUAAUUUAAUAGCAUGGGCGGCUGAUAUUUUUUAUAAUGAAUAUAUUAAACAAUUUUGUUGCCAUUUGAUACUGCACCUCCCCAUGCUAAUUUUUAAUCUGCAUAUCACAUGAGGAGCUGUAAAGCAGGAAACACCUCCUUGGAGGUAAGGUUUUACAGAUAAGUAAUGUUACUCUGCAAUGGGCAAUGGUCUAUUUUAACAAUAUUUGCCCUCAGCCUAUCCUCUCUCAGACAGAUGAAAAAAAAGUGAUGGGCAUUUCAGCAGUAUUAUAA